CCUGCUUGCAUUCGCCCACAGCGACGUGUCUUGCGACCAUGGCUUCCAAGGGAGAGCUUCCAACCAGUCUCCUUGACGUUAAAGCGCGGGAUGAUGUGGAUGCUGGUUUUCCUGUGAACAAUAAGGCUGCCCGCAGCGCUCGGUUCUACAUCAGCUCUGCUCUUCGUCUCCUCCUGGCUCUUUGCUGCUUGCUAGUACUCAGUCUCAAGUAUCGUCUCGGCGUGUUCACGUCUGCAGGUGAUGAUACGCCUUCGCUGUUAUGGUACGAUAUGAACAAAUCGACUGGUGUCUGCCCGCAAACCGCACCCAUUGUAAAUGCGGAGCACUUCGACUUGCUCUCAGAGCUGGAGCAAGAGUAUGCUACCAAGCAGUUCCGCGAGUAUGCCAUUGAAUCUCUUAGCGGCGCUGUUAGGAUCCCAACGGAGAUGUACGAUGAAAUUGACCCCCCUGGUCAAGACCCUCACUGGGAGGUAUUCGGCCAGAUGCACGAAUAUUUGGAGGGGAGAUUCCCGCUUGUUCAUACGAAGUUGCGCCGGACCAAAGUGAACCUCUAUGCGCUCGUGUUUCACUGGCAGGGCUCAGAUGAUACACUCAAACCGAUGCUGUUGACUGCUCACCAAGAUGUCGUCCCGGUCGAACAGCUUACCUUGGACCAGUGGAUCAACCCUCCUUUCUCGGGCUACUAUGACGGUGAAUGGAUCUGGGGUAGAGGCAGCUGUGACGACAAACCUGGCCUCAUCAGUACUCUAACCACAGUAGAGAAGUUGCUCGAGAAGGGCUUCCAACCUAAACGGUCUAUCGUUCUCGCGUACGGUAUUGAUGAAGAGCGUGGUGGUCGAGUCGGUGCCACGGCAAUUAGAGACUACCUUCUUGCAAAUUACGGCGAGGAUGCCUUCUCCAUAAUCGUCGAUGAAGGAGGUGGCUACUCCUUCCGGGGCGAGGCCAUCAUGUCCACCCCAUCUGUCGCGGAGAAAGGCAAGCUGGAUGCCCGACUAGAGAUAUCUGCCCCAGGCGGACAUUCAAGUGUUCCUCCACGACAUACGACCAUAGGUAUGCUCGCCAACAUAAUUAAACUCAUCGAGGCCAAUCCGCACGUUCCGCGUCUUAAUCGCACAUCGACUUACUAUCAGCAACUGCAGUGCCAGGCGGAAAAUGACCCUGCGAUACCGAGACAUCUGAAGAAGCUGAUCAAAAAGUCUCUGACCAAUGACAAGGCUCUGACGAAGUUGCAGAAGGAACUUCGGCGCUCUGACCCCAUGUUUGACGCCCUUGCAGGUGUCAAGUCCAAUGCACUGCCCGAAAAUGCGUACUUCAUCAUGAACCAUCGCAUUGAUACCCUCAGAUUCGUGGCGCACAUAAGGGAUCUCGUCGGUCCCAUGGCCAACGACUUUAACUUGUCGGUGAAUGCGUUCGGGGAGCAUUAUGGCGAUCUCGAGGAGAAUGCAUAUGGCACGGCGCUGGAGCCUGCGCCCAUCACACCAACGUUUGGCAAUGGUCCUUACGAGCUGCUUGCGGGAACUAUACGAGGCGCCUUGAGCACGUCAACUCGAUCAGGUGUCCCCAAGGCAGCCUUCGUCGCGCCUAGCUUGUCGACAGAUACGAGGCAUUACUGGAAACUCACGAAGCACAUCUUCCGCUAUGGUCACGUCGCCAAGGAAGACCAUUACAAUGGCGCCCACACCGUGAAUGAAGCCAUCCGAGCGGAUGGUUUCCUUGAAGUCAUCCGCUUCCACACACGUCUCAUUCUCAAUGGCCAUGACUCCUCCCUACUAGAGUAGUUCCUCUGUGUGCAUCUUUGCUAUUCGCGUAUUUGCACGAAUUUGAAUGGAUACUACUAGUAAAUUGUUUGUUUCACGA